AUAUAUUAUUCUGGAUAAAGAUUCAAUUUACAGCCAUAUAAAACAUAAAUGAGACACUGGAAGAAGAGGAUGAUGGAAAUAAAAAAUGGACUUAAGUCGCUGAUUGAAGAGGACCUGUCUCGGUGUUAUUGUUGUGCACUUUAAGACUGCUCCCAUGGGUGCCAAACAAGCCAAAGGCCAGGAGGCCAGAGGAGCCAAUCCUCAGCACCACUGGAAGCGGACGCCCACCAAAGAGCGGGCAGACAUUUUGACCUCCCUCAUGAUGAAGUCUGGAGACAGGCUGAGUCGUGGCGGUACGCCACCUCCUUACCAGCGCCGCAUUGGUAUGAUCCAGGAGAUGAUGCUGAUGGCUAAGCAGGGCAAACAUGACGAGGCCACGGAAAUGCUGAAGACACUUCGACAGGACCUGGGAAUGGAGUCAACAUCCCUGGAUGAUGUGCUGUACCGCUAUGCCAGCUUCAGGAACCUGGUUGACCCCAUCACACAUGACCUGAUAAUCAGCCUGGCACGAUAUGUCCACUGCCCCAAGACGGAGGGAGACUCUCUUGGAGCGAUGGAGAAGGUUUGCCGCCAGCUGACCUACCACCUCAGCCCUCAUUCUCAGUGGAGGAGACAGGGCCUGCUCAAAAGGAAACCCCAGGCCUGUCUGAAGGCGGUGCUCUCAGCUCCUCCAUGCAGUGGUGCGUUGGAUCUGUCCGGCAUCCCUCUGGUAGCUCGGGACAUGGAACGUCUGUGUGCACACUUACAGCACUAUGCCACCACCUUGGUCAGUCUGGAGAUGGGCUUCACAGAUCUGACUGACGAGGCUUUCCUUUUGCUGCUGCCCACGCUGGCUGCCCUGCCGCGCCUUGAGACCCUGGCACUGAAUGGCAACCGACUGACCAGAGCUAUUCUGAAGGAGCUGACUGAUGCCCUCAAGGACCCAGGCAGUUUCCCGAGUGUGACAUGGAUCGACCUGGGCAACAAUGUUGACAUCUUCUCACUGCCGCAAUCCUUUCUGGUGAGCCUGAGGAAGCGUUGUCCUAAACAAGGGAACCUGCCCACCAUCCUGGAGUUUGGAGAAAGCCAGGCCAGCGACCCACCCGAGAGGCUGAGAGGAGGCGUGGAAGAGGGAGAGGAGACUGAUGACACCAACCUGACCGAGAGCAUGGGUGAGCUUCGAUCUGAAGAGGACGAAGAAUUGGACGGAGAAAUGGAGAUUGAGGAGAUGAUGGAGGAGCUGCUGGACUUUGACAGGAAGGUGCAGGGGAAGGAGGACGAGGAUGACAGCAUGUGGACCACGGCGGAGAAGAGGAAAGAGGAGACGAGCAGGAGACGGAAUGAGGGAGGAAAGGAGGUGCAAUGGAAAGAGCGACCGAGGAAGAAAGCAGUAAUGGCGGAUGAUGAUGAUACGCAUAGCCACUCCUCCCACUUGUCCUGCUCCAGCCAAUCACAGCAUUCCUCUGGCACUGUUGAGCCAGUGAGAGUAGGGGAGGAUGACUUAAAAAAUGAGGUGGAGCAGUCGGACCAUUUGACCUGAUUUAUGCCCCCUGCUACGUUUAUGUCGCUCCUGUGUCAAGCCCCAUCCAGAAGGAGGCAAAACAAGACAGAGGCUAACUGAGUGUUAAAAUGCUCAAAGCUAAAAGUCAAACAGAGUGGAAUGAUGGGAUCAUGCCAGUUGAUGCUGCUUCUACUGAACCUUUUUGUGAACAUGUGGCAGCAGAACCCAGGUGACUGUGUGUUUAUGGCUGUUGACA